CGUAACUCUCCAACUAAGGAGACAUAUCAGACAAGAUGCAGUUCACCGCGCUAUCCUCUAUCUUUCCCAUCUUUCUUGUUAGCCUUGCCAGCGCUGCCAUUCCUGAACUCCCUGCAUCAUGCCCUCAAAUUCUACCUGCUCCUGCUCCUGCUUCACUCCCUAACUACUUCUUACCAAAGACAAUUAAAGGCUCUCAAGCCGAUGACAUCGAAACGAUCCGCCAAACACUACACUUCUACGCUCUCGUCCUGGACAGUAAAACGUUUCCCCUCCUCGACCAGGUCUUCACUCCCACAGCUACCGCCAACUACUCUGGGCUUGCUGGUAUCUUCGAAAGUCUUCCUGCUAUUCAGACGUUUCUAUCAGGCUCUCUCGCGCCGUAUCCGAAAACGCAGCAUUUGAUUGCCAAUCACAUUAUUGAUGUAUGCGCUCCCAAGACGGCGGUAAGCCAGACAUACUUCCAGGCAACGCAUUUCCCAAAUGCAACGGGGACUAUUUUCACAGCAUAUGUGACGCAUCAGGAUGUAUGGGAGAAGACCAAGGACGGGUGGAGAAUCGUGUACAGCAACUUUGGGAUCACGGGCCGGCGUUGAGUAUUUUGUAUAAGAUGGUUCAUAUACGCUGCUU